AUGCACCCAUUGACGUCAAUCCGUCGCCUUCCGGACGAAGUCGUCGCUCAGAUCAAAUCUUCAAGCACGAUCACCUCUCUAUGUGCUGUCGCAUUAGGCUUGAUUAGGAAUUCACUCGAUGCUGCAGCCUCACGAAUUGAGAUUGAAGUGGACUUCAAUCGAGGGAACUGCAUCGUAGAAGAUGAUGGCGUUGGAAUCCUGCCUUCUGAGUUCCAUGAAGGUGGUGGUCUCGGGAAGCAAUACCAUACGUCAAAGUUUGACUCCGAGACGGAACUGUACGGUAACAAUGGGCUCUUUCUCUCUGCCUUGAAGUCAGUUUCCUUGCUCACAGUCUCGUCUCGCCAUCGCACACAUAAGUCUUGCAACAGCGUUGUAUUUCACCGUUCCAAAGUCAUGGCACGACAUCUUCCCGCUCCCGUUCACCAUGAGCUGUCUAGAGGAAGUCAUGGGACACGAGUGAUGGUCCGCGAUCUCUUCGGAAACCUCCCUGUUCGCGUUAAGCAGAGGGCAGCGUCAGCAGAUUCCAAGGUCGAGACUGAACGGCUUUGGGAAGAUCUCAAGAGGUCGGUGGUCGCUUUGCUUCUAGGCUGGGGCCGCGAGUGCGCCUUGGUUGUGAAAGACCGCGCUCAUACAUUUUCCUUCCUUCCUUCGAACGCAUCUCGCUAUCGUGGAGAGGCGCUCGGAGAUGUCUCUCGCCAUUCAUUCGAUUUACCGUUCAGCUUGUCCUUGCUAAACCAGUCUCGUCUGAUUUUGAAUAAUGACCCAAAGCAGUGGAUCCCAGCUGCUGCUUCUUCUCGUGAGCUCGGAAUCAAGGGCGCAAUUUCGCUGGAGCCAUCGCCUACCCGACAGGUGCAGUUCAUCUCUUUGGGAAUCCGACCUUUGACUGCCGAGACAGGCCACAACGUUCUGUACGAGCAUAUAAACCGGCUGUUCAAUCUGUCCAGUUACGGUCAGACUGACCAGGACGCGGAGUCGGAUGGUGAGAACCCAUCCCCUUCGAAGACGGGUCGGGACUCCCCUGGGGCGGACUUCACCCUUCGACAGCUCCGGGCAUCCCGCAAGGGCGCGGAUCGCUGGCCCAUGUUUGUCCUCCGGAUUACCAUUAAGCAAACUGAAGAGCAUUCUGGUUUGAACGCCGACAUUUCGAACGAGAGCGGACUCCAAGCAAUCCUGGACAUUCUCAAUGUCAUGGUUACUCAAUGGCUGGCUGCUCAUCACUUCCGCCCGAAGAAGUUGCACAUGGAACGGCGACAAACGCGUUCACCAGCUAAGGAAACCCCUUUCAAGAUACUUUCAAGAGAUGCUUUGGAUGAUUCGGCUAGCUCACAUGGCCAGCCUGCUCAUCCUACACUUCCAUCAACAGCCCCUUCUGCUGGGUAUCUGAGAACGCCUCAAAAGAGGAAGCUAUCUACUCCUAAUGACUUAACUCUUCGGCCCAAAACAGCGAAGUUCCAGGAUGGCCGACUUCCGGCAGACAUAAACCGAUCGGUGGGCUUUUCUGAGAAUCGGCCAACGUCUCCCGCUGAAUCGACCUCUUCUACCCGUACACCCUGCGAGACUCCAACGAAGAGUACCUCCUCCGCCGCUCUACAAGAUAAUGAAGACAUCCAGCAAAUGCAAGGCGCACAGGAUGUCGAAGCCAUGGUUUGGACGGAUCCUGUGACCGGGCAAAAACAUCUUGUCAAUUCCAGGACAGGCGUCCUGCUCCCUCGAAAGAUUGGUCCCACUCAUGUUGACCGAGGGCAGCAGUCGCGCUAUGCGUUCAUUCUCGAAGAAUCUAAGAAAGCACACGCUUCGCAUAAAUCAAAAGCAGGCGCACAAGAGAGGGAGGUUCCUGAAAUCACGGGAGGAUGGCUAGCCGACGUUCUCAAAAGCUGGACCAAUCCGGUAUUUCCAACCGCCGAGAAUCAUAUUCCGACGGUUGGCUUCACCGCCCAAUUUGGCGACACCAAUAAGGACCGAUCUUCACGGAGCAGUACAAAUGCUAUUAAACAGGCAUUCCAAGAGAUCUCACCGUCUACAGCGAGUCGAAUCUCAAGGAUUUCUUUACAGUGUGCCAAGGUGCUCAGUCAAGUUGAUAAAAAGUUCAUUCUGGUCCAGGUACCGAGUGACGCACAUCCAGGCGCCGAGCUACUCGUCUUAAUCGAUCAGCAUGCCGCCGAUGAACGGGUCAGAGUGGAGGCUCUCUUGACGGCACUGUGCGAGCCGCCACCGAAUUCCGCGGUCACAAAAGGCGACAUCAUCUCGCGCCGCAACCACGUCCAACUAUCAACCCCGAUUCAGUUUCAAGUCACGCCCCGCGAGGCGGAUCUCUUUGGACUGCAUGCACCGUCGUUCGCCGACUGGGCGAUUGUCUACGAUAUCCUUCCUUCAACCUUAGACAAGCGGCCUCGAUCCGGCGACACUACCGAUGUUGAUGACAACCGAGCGACGGUGUCGGUGAAGACCCUCCCGACCACCAUUUCCGAACGUUGCAAAUCGGAACCGAAAAUUCUAAUCUCACUGCUUCGCGCCGAAGUCUGGAAACUGGCCGAAUCGUCGGGCGGGGGCUCCGGCAGCUGGGCACGAACACGACCGGUCAUGGCUCUGCAGAGUGAUGAGGGCUCGAGGGACACGACCUCCCCGUCGUGGCUGAAGGAGACCCAUACCGCGCCCGUGGAGCUCAUUAACCUGAUCAACUCCCGCGCAUGUCGCAGCGCGAUUAUGUUCAACGACGCACUGUCGGUGGCGGAGUGCGAGGACCUUGUGAAGCGGCUUGGAGGUUGUGCGUUUCCGUUUCAAUGCGCGCAUGGGCGGCCAUCGAUGAUACCGCUGGUGGAACUCCCGGCUUGCAAUGAGGGGGGACAAGACACUGAACGCGGACCUAGUUUGGGGCUUCAGUUCCGAGGAGCAAAUGAUGGAAAGCCGAAAUUCGCGCAGCAGUGGACGAGAUGGAGAAAAGAAGAGCGAGAACGAAAUAGAAAGACUAAUGAAAUGGAUUAG